AGAGGUCGAGGAGGCGAAUGGAACUCUGGGAAAUGUAGUGUCGCUGUGUCAGUCGUUGUAAACGUAACGUUUAAACAAACGUUUCGCGAGCUAGCUGAGGUCUAAAUAACCGGAUGUAGGUAGAGGUCGAGGAGGCGAAUGGAACUCUGGGAAAUGUAGUGUCGCCGUAUCGGCCGUUGGAACCGUUUUGAAAACGUUUGAACGAUUAAACAAACGUUUCGCGAGCUGGCUGAAGUCCAAAUGUCUGGAACUCAGGAGAAACCCGGGUCUUCUUUAAUUAAGGCUGUGGUGGAUAUCAGCCAACAUAGCUUUGCCCAGAAGGAGGCCCUGAAAGACAACAAUAAGACACUCGCCUCCCUCAAGGCAACUCUCUCAGAUAUCAAGAGGAAAGGUGGGAUUGCAGAGCAGGAGCUGAGAUCUAAAGCGAGGACGCACCGAGCGCUGGAGGAGGAGCUGGAGCACCUGGAGCUCCAGACAAACGCCAUGGAAGGUCGCUGCGUGGUCAUCGGCAGGGAAAACAUAGAGCUCCAGAUUCGUAUAACCGAGGAGGAGGAGAAAGCUCUCCUGGCACUGGCGAAGUUCAACACUUACCGAGACAAAAUGGCGGGUCACAGAGCAGCUUUUUUGCACGCGGCGAGCCAGACGGAGGCCCAUAAAGAGCUGGAGGAGAAGAGAGCACUGGUCAGGAUGCUGACGCUGAAGAAAGAGGAGCUGAAGAAAGAUCUGGAGAAUCCGAAUGGAAACGCGGUGCAAAUGGCAAAGAGUGAAAAUGAUUCUCUGAAGAGGGAGAUCUCUGAGAGGAGGGUCACCAUCGCUGAGAAGGGAGAGCAAGUGCAAAAAGAGUUCGAGACUCAUACUCAGAUAAAGAAAGACAUACAGAUCCAGAACAGGCGCUUUGAAGCCAUCCAGAAGCGCCUCUGCUGCCAGCUGGGCAGGGCCCAGGCUAAUCACAGGCAAAUGUCUGAAGACAUCCAUCACAUGGAGAGACAGCUGGCCCAGCUCAAAGGGCAGCUGGAGUCAUCUCGGGGCUCAGUGAGCUCCUCUUGAAUCAGCAGGAUGGUUUAUGAUGCUGUUUAAUUUGUGAUCAGGUUAAAAGGGCCCUGGAGGUAUAUGUGUUGUACCGCAGUUGAACAGCAGGGGGCAGCAGUAUCAACUAAACGAGCUAUCUGUUCACCACAAAACCACCACCUUGAUAUUUACGUCACAGUUCUUUUCUGAUUAGUGUCCCUUCAAAUGCUCAGUUUUACCUGAGAGAUUAAAAACGUGUAUGUUCUCAAAUAGUUUGAUGUCCUUUUCGACGCACACAGCGUGCCCACUCGUUCUGCUGACGUCGGCCGAGCGUGGGAUGGGAUUCUCGGCCGGGCGGGUGACAGUUAAUCGGGUUUUGUCCGCUCAGUGUCCGCAAGAGCGACCCGUGCACAACAGGAGCCGAGUGUCUGCUCUCGCCCUCGGUGGGACGGGGUUGUUUUGGGCUGUUCCAGCUUCCGCUUCACUGGGUCGCCUGAUGAUCCGCAAGGUGACAGGCCCACUGCGGGCCAACCAGGGCGGGACCGUGCCACUCCAACCAUAACUCAAACCACCGAAACAAUGAAACUGGCCUUUUCAGAAAACCCUGUGGAAUCUGUUGCAUUACUUUUUGUGCAGAUUACCUACAGAGAGAGAGAGAGAGGAUGACGUGUGCCAGCUUUCCAAAGCUUAUCUGGCUUAUAAAUACAACAAGUCAACCACGAAAUACCAAAAUAAAAGGCAUGCAACAACUGUUCCAUGAAAUAUGUGUGGGAAAGAU